CUCUCUCUCUCUCUCUCUCUCUCUCUCACUACACCACGGUUCGGUUGUGACCAGCGGUGUACGGCUCGUGCUCUUUCACAUUACACACUUUCUUUCUUCAUCUCUCUCUCUCUCUCCUAUUCUCGCAUGUGUCACCAACCGUGAAUGCGUUCAUUGUUUGUGACUCUCUCUCUCUGGAUUCUGCAACGCGUUUUAUUUCAUUAUUCUCCUCUCUUUUUGUGUCCCCACUCCCUCCAUAUUAAUAAUUCUCUUCUUCUCCCGCUCCGUUACUCGCCGGCGACACCGUUCCGAUUCUCUCAUUCUCCGCCGGCACGGCGGGCGUGGCAGGAGAUCUCGCCGUAUCGGCUCCGAUUCGAAUUACUGCGCCGGUGGUGGUAAUGCGCUUCAGAAUUUGAGGUUUUCGAACUCGUUUCCACGGUGGUUUGCUUGAGGUUUGAAUCUGCCGCCUUCUGUUGGCGUUUUGCGGAUCGAGACGGAGGCGCAAUUGAAGUGCCUGCGAUUCUGAAUCAGUGCGUUUGUUAGGGUUUGGAAGUGGGUGCAUUGGGGAAUGAAGAGAGGGAAGGUGGUUUGGGAAGGGUUGAUGAUGAUGGGUUUGAAGGGGGAGAGUAACAACAACAGCAGCAAGGUUGAGAAGCUCAAGAACACGGUGGUGUCGGUGUCGUCGAAGUCGUCAAGGAUGAAGCUGUGGAUCAUACGCGCCACCACAUCGGUGUUACUGUGGACCUGCAUCGUUCAGUUAACUGCUUUGGGUGACAUGUGGGGGCCGAGAGUUUUGAAAGGAUGGCCUUCUUGUUUCAACCAUGAAACCGAAUCCGCACUCCUCGAGUUGCCUUCUGUGCGCCCCAGAGUUCUACCACCUAAGAGGGUUUAUAAAAACAACGGUUACCUGAUGGUGUCGUGUAAUGGAGGGUUGAACCAAAUGAGAUCAGCAAUAUGUGACAUGGUGGCCAUUGCAAGAUAUUUAAAUGUCACGCUUAUAGUCCCUGAACUGGAUAAAGCAUCCUUUUGGGCUGACCCCAGUGAGUUCCAAGACAUAUUUGAUGUGGCUCAUUUUAUUACAUCCUUGAGAGAUGAGGUGCGGAUACUGAAAGAGUUGCCUCCUAGACUCAAGCUGAAAAUGGAAAGCGGGUUACUUUACAGCAUGCCGCCUAUUAGUUGGUCUGACAUGUCUUACUAUAAGAACCAGAUUCUACCUUUGAUACAAAAGCACAAAGUUCUCCAUUUAAAUCGAACAGAUGCUCGGCUGGCCAAUAACGGCCAAUCUUUAGAGAUUCAGAAGCUGCGUUGCCGAGUCAAUUUCAGUGCUCUUAGAUUUACUCCUCAGAUUGAGGAGCUAGGCAGAAAGGUGAUCGAGCUUCUGAGGCAAAAUGGGCCGUUUCUUGUGCUUCAUCUGAGGUAUGAGAUGGACAUGUUGGCCUUUUCUGGCUGUACUCAAGGCUGCAACACUGACGAGGUUGAUGAAUUGACAAGGAUGAGAUAUGCUUAUCCAUGGUGGAAAGAAAAAAUAAUCAAUUCUGAUUUGAAAAGAAAAGAUGGUUUAUGUCCUUUAACGCCCGAGGAGACUGCCCUCACGCUUAGGGCCCUUGACAUUGAUCAAAGCAUUCAAAUCUACAUUGCAGCCGGGGAAAUAUAUGGUGGGGACCGGAGAAUGGCCAGUCUUGUGAAGAACUAUCCAAAUUUGGUCAGAAAAGAAACGCUGUUGGAACCUUCUGACCUUCAGUUCUUCCAAAAUCAUUCCUCCCAGAUGGCAGCAUUGGAUUAUCUUGUCUCAUUAGAGAGUGAUAUCUUUGUCCCUACAUAUGAUGGCAAUAUGGCCAAAGUAGUUGAGGGCCAUCGCAGAUAUCUUGGCUUCAAGAAGACAAUUUUAUUGAACAGAAAGGUCCUAGUUGAUUUGAUAGACCAAUACAAUUACGGGGUAUUGAACUGGGAUGAAUUCUCUUCAGCUGUGAAGGAAGCUCAUGCUGAUCGCAUGGGUAACCCAACUAAAAGAUCAGUAAUCCCAGACAGGCCGAAAGAAGAGGAUUAUUUCUAUGCCAAUCCAGAGGAGUGUUUAGGACUAUCAGAUGAUCUGUUGAGUAGUGCAGAGUAAUGUGUUUGGAAAUAAUGAAAUUUUACCUGUGUUCUCUCCUGGCGCACUUGGUUUUCUACCACAGAUACUAAGAUAGGUCUCUAUACAGUUUAAGAAAAGAUGACAGCUUUUUGUAUCAAAGAGGCAGUCGCAGCAGUGAUUGUUAGAUGAAAUGGGAAGGGGGGAUAGAGUUUUCGUCAAAGCUCGAGAGAAGGUCAAGCAAAAGUAGCCGGGGAUACGUGUUAUAUAUAAGAUAUGCAAAGUUGCAAACAACCUAUCUCAUUCAUGUAUAGAAGUUACCCUGCCAUUGCAGGGUGAGAGACUGAUAGCAGAUCAAACUGCAUUGUACACGGAGGGAUUCAUAUACAAAUUUGGAUUUCUUGAACUGCAAUUCUUGGAAGCACCUUUGAUUUUUUUUCCCCCUUAUCUUCUAAAUAUAAAUAUAUCAUAAAUUGUUCUUUUCUUUGCCCUUUUUAUCCAUCAUGAGCAUUGUGACUUUCUGGACUACUCUCACUGUAAAAUUUGUUUUUCAUGUAGAUUUCUUAGUCUUCUUGUUUCUUAGCUUGUGGCUAUGAUUCAGGGGCUUAGGAUUUUUUUUCUUGUAUUUUCUCUAAUUAUAUUUAUAUUUUACUCUGAGCGCCA